AUCUUUUGGACUUAAUAUAUUAUACUUCGAAACCUACAAUCCCUGGGCUAUUUGAUCCCUGCCUUCCACCAUGGCCGGCCGCAGUCAAGAUGUACUGACGAAAGUGUCUACGGAAGCGGCCACCGAGUUCGUCCACUCGUUCUACCCCGCGCUCCAAAAUAAUCGCGCGGCGAUCGCCUCCUUCUACAGCAAGCCUACGGCAACGAUCCUAUUCAAUGGGAACCCCGUAGCAGACGGGGCGGCUGUGCAAGAGAUCUUCGUCAAUCAAAUGCCCCCGGCACAUUAUGAGUUCCAGUCGUUCGACUGCCAAAUCCUCAACCCGACGUACCCGACCCCGACGCCAACUGGGGUCAAACUGCCGAACCAGCUGUCCGUCAAGGAUAUGUCGAUUCUCGUCAUCGUCAGUGGACAUGUGCGAUACGGCGAAUCGAGAGACCUCCCGCAGCGCGGAUUCAGCGAAACUUUCAUCCUGGUGCCUAACCCAACCUCCGAUGCUCCGAAAGGACGGCGCAAGAGGGAGUGGCUUAUCCAGACGCAAAACUUUCGACUGGUUGUUUAAGUGAUACCAUUAUGAUAGGAAUCGUACGCUGUUAUGAAUAAUGGUCACGGUUUUGGAUAAAAUACAAGAUGGACAACAUCGGUGCAGGGUAUUCACAAGUUCACAUAACUCGCUUGGUUCAUCAACGGACCGAGGAGGGAAAAGAGAAAAAAGGAGGGAGAAGUUUUGAAACAGCACGCUUCUUGGAAAGUGCAUGACUUGGGAGACAGCGCCGUGAAGCGCCAGAAGGGAUUGUGCCAGGAUUGGCCGGAGAGACGAGCAUCAGGUAGAUGUGUUUCGCGGUAUACGCAGGUUGGCUUUCACUCGCUCGAGCAGUUCAUCGCGUGUGGCUUUCCCGUCCGGCAUCAGACCUCUCUGGAAUCCUAUUAGGUGACUUGUUGAUGGGGAUGGGGAGUUGAGGUAAGACCGGGGGUGGGACAUACCGCGCGCAACCAACGACGCAUCUCAUCGACCGUCCACUGCUCAGGGUCU